AUGUGGCGCCACCCUGCGAGACUGAUACCUUGUUUACUUCUGCUGGUGUUUGCAAAUAGUCAAGGUCUGUCGUUCUUCAUGAACUCGACCUCUAACGGAGCGUCCUGUGGGCAGCUACAUUGUGUGGCCCAAAUCAACCAAACUGUGUACUACCCUCUCUUGAGCCUGUCCAUCUACAACGACACGGACUACCAGGACACGGUCACCCUAGCUUCGGUGUCCCAGCUGGAUCCACACGUGCAGCUUGGACACAACCUGAGUGACCUGUUUAACGCUACUGGUCAAGUUCUGGAGAACGGGGAUGGCGUGUUGAUAGACCUGAGGCUCGAACUGAACUGCUACAACGGGUCGUUUAUCUGUGAGUUAGCCUUGCUGAACACCACUGGUCAGUAUGACGUCAUCUCAAGAGCUAUACUGCCCUAG